AAUGUGCGCCUGCACACGUGCUCACAAGUGCAGUUCACUUCCUUUCCUUACAGGAGCGCGUUGAAGAUGGCGGAGCAAAACGCGAAGCCGAGUGAUCUUUACAAAUGCGUAUAUUCGUUUCUGCUGGAGAACAAAUUCACAAAGGCGGCUGCGCAGUUCGUGAAACAGACUAAAGUGACACAACAAGACCAGAAUGAAGAGAGCCUCACCAGCAUCUACGACUUCUGGGUGAAGUCGCCUGAAGCCAAGAAACGAAAGGCACCUCCUAACAAGAGUGAUGCUACAAACGGUCCGUUAGCCAAGAAAGUCAAAAAGAGUGCAGAGAGCUCCAGCAGUGACGAGUCGAGCAGCGAGGAUGAAGAAGCUGUUGCCAAACCAAUCAAGGCAGCUCCUGCAGCUACCAAGCCGAUGCCUGCUAAAGCAGCAGCUGGUAAAGCUGCAUCCAGCAAACCUGCAAAGACAGCGGAAAAAGCUCCAGUGAAGUCGCCUGCUGUGGCGACAAGGAAGCAGGACAGCAGUUCCAGCAGUGAAGAAUCUGAUUCUGAAGACGAGAAGACCGCCCAAGCCCCUACACCAAAAGCCAAGGCUGGUGCCGUCACCGCAGGCAAACCAGCGGUUCCUGCUAAAGUUGCAGCUCAGAAAAAGCAGAGCAGCAGUGAAGAUAGUUCCUCUUCUGAAGACGACAAACCGGCCAAGGCUGCAGCCAAACCUGCCGCGGUAAAAGCCGCCGCUGCUGCUGCUGCAGAAUCGAGCAGCGACGACUCUUCUGAAGACGAGGCUCCGCCCAACAAAAGACCCAAAGCAGGAGUAUACAGUGCAGUCCCACCUCCUGCUUUGAUCCAGGAGGCCCCAGCGGCGCCCGCAGCCGCCAAGUCCAAGGAUAGUGACUCCUCAGACAGCAGUGACGAGGAAGAAGACAAAAAAGUAGCUGCAAAACCUGCACUGGUGAAAAAAACAGCUGCCAAACCGGUGGUGCCCAAACCCGCUGCAAAGAAGCAAGAGUCCAGCUCUGAGAGCUCCGAUUCAAGUUCAGAUGAAGAGGUGGUAAAGAAACCAGCAGCGGCGAAACCAGCGGCGGCCAAGACCACCCCGGCUAAAAAAGGCCAGACUUCAAGCUCAGAUAGCAGUUCAGAUGAGGAUGAGGCAAAACCUGCUGCUAAAUCUGCAGCAACCAAACCCACAACAAAGGCACCCAAGAGCAGCUCUGCUACACAGGACUCCUCUGAGGAUGAACCAGUGAAAGUCAAGCCGGCUUCAAAGCCGGCUACUCCAGCAGCAAAGCUUGCUGCUACAGCAGAAAGCAGCUCUGACUCCUCCUCAGAAGAUGAAGAAGCAGUCAAAGCUAAACUUGUAGCAGCUAAAAAAGCUACACCUGCAGCAAAGCCUGCCACUCCUGCAGUGAAGCCCGCUACGCCUGUAUCAAAGCCUGCUGCAGCAGAGAGCAGCUCAGACUCUGACUCCUCCUCUGAAGACGAAGCAGUCAAAGCUAAACCUGUAGCAGCUAAAAAAGCCACACCUGCAGGUAAACCCACCACGCCUGCAGCUAAAUCAGCUACACCUGCAUCAAAGCUUGCUGCUGCAGCAGAAAGCAGCUCAGACUCUGACUCCUCCUCAGAAGAUGAAGAAGCAGUCAAAGCUAAACCUGUAGCAGCUAAAAAAGCUAUGCCUGCAGCUAAACCCACCACGCCUGCAGCUAAACCAGCUACACCUGCAUCAAAGCUUGCUGCUGCAGCAGAAAGCAGCUCAGACUCCUCCUCAGAAGAUGAAGCAGUCAAAGCUAAACCUGUAGCAGCUAAAAAAGCUACGCCUGCAGCUAAACCCACCACGCCUGCAGCUAAACCAGCUACACCUGCAUCAAAGCUUGCUGCUGCAGCAGAAAGCAGCUCAGACUCUGACUCCUCCUCAGAAGAUGAAGAAGCAGUCAAAGCUAAACCUGUAGCAGCUAAAAAAGCUAAGCCUGCAGCUAAACCAGCUACACCUGCAUCAAAGCUUGCUGCUGCAGCAGAAAGCAGCUCUGACUCCUCCUCAGAAGAUGAAGCAGUCAAAGCUAAACCUGUAGCAGCUAAAAAAGUCACACCUGUAGGUAAACCCACCACGCCUGCAGCUACACCUGCAUCAAAGCUUGCUGCUGCAGCAGAAAGCAGCUCUGACUCCUCCUCAGAAGAUGAAGAAGCAGUCAAAGCUAAACCUGUAGCAGCUAAAAAAGCUACACCUGCAGCAAAGCCUGCCACUCCUGCAGUGAAGCCCGCUACGCCUGUAUCAAAGCCUGCUGCAGCAGAAAGCAGCUCAGACUCCUCCUCUGAAGACGAAGCAGUCAAAGCUAAACCUGUAGCAGCUAAAAAAGCCACACCUGCAGGUAAACCCACCACGCCUGCAGCUAAACCAGCUACACCUGCAUCAAAGCUUGCUGCUGCAGCAGAAAGCAGCUCAGACUCUGACUCCUCUGAAGAUGAGCAAGAACCAACCGCCAAGGCUAAACCUGCUGCGGCUAAACCUGCUGCUGCAAAGCCUCCUGCUGAAAGCAGCUCCGACUCUGACUCUUCUGAAGAUGAGGCUGCAGUCAAAUCAACGCCUGCGGCUAAAGCAGCAAAGCCUGCUACGCCUGCAUCAAAGCCUGCUGCUGAAAGCAGCUCUGACUCAGACUCCUCCUCUGAAGAUGAAGCUGCUGUCAAAGCUAAACCUGUAGCAGCUAAAAAAGCCAAGUCUGCAGGAAAGCCAGCCACUCCUGCAUCAAAGCCUGCAGCGGAAAGCAGCUCGGAUUCUGACUCCUCCUCUGAAGAUGAGGCUGCAGUCAAAGCUAAGCCAGCUACGCCUGCAGCUAAGCCAGCUACGCCUGCAUCAAAGCUUGCUGCUGCAGCAGAAAGCAGCUCAGACUCUGACUCCUCCUCUGAAGACGAAGCAGCGGUCAAGGCUACGCCUACAUCUAAAGCAGCAGCAGCAGCAGCUAAAUCUGCGACCCCAGUCACAAAGCAGACUGUGGCAGCAAAUGGCAGCAGCUCUGAAUCUGACAGCUCUGACUCUGAAAAUGAGGCGGCCAAACCUGCAGUCAAGAAACAAGCUCCAGCCGCAUUAGUGGCCCCUGCUGGAACGCCCAAAGCCACAAAGGCCACCCCUGCUAAGCCCGCAGUCACCAAUGGAAAGACGUCAACCCCGAAGGCAGCAACACCAAAAACCCCACAAAAGCCAGCAGAGUCCUCGUCCAGCGACAGCAGCUCUGAGGAGGAGGAAGAGGCCAGUAAAAGUGCCGUAAAACCCGCCGCGACACCCAAGACGACCCCAGCUUCUAAAGCUCAGGAGAGCAGCAGCUCCUCGGACAGUUCAUCAGAUGAGGAAGCACCCAAGAAAGCCGUCACGGCGCCCAGCACCCCCGCAGCAAAUGGUACAAACGGAAAGAGAAAAAGGGAUAAAUCUUCCAAAGAGGAAGAGACGGAAGUCACACCAAAAAACAAGAAAAUCACGACCACACCACAAACGUUUCCUAAAGUCCAUAAGAAGACCACAAACGAGCCAUUCCGUAGAAUAAGAGAAGAAGAAGUGGAACUAGAUCCCCGUCUACAAGACAACUCUUUUGACGCAAAGUCUGGAGCCAGGGGUGACUGGGGCCAGAAAGCGAACGACGUGCUCCGGUUUACAAAAGGAAAGUCGUUCCGCCACGAAAAGACCAAGAAGAAGAGGGGAAGCUACUGCGGCGGCGCCAUCUCCACCUCAGUCAACUCCAUCAAGUUUGACAGUGACUAAGGACUCUCAAUCUGGCCCCUCCCCCCUGGACUUCACUGUACCUGUGAUCAGGACUCUCUGUUGUCUACACCCCCCCAGCUGACGGGACGUGACCCCACAGCUCAGCUGGCACUUGCAUGCAGUGAUCACAGAGGGGCACUGGUUUAGUCUCUGAUCUGAAGCGACGCGUUACUUGAGCUUAGGCAGCAAGAGGUAGAAUACUGGUUACGGUUGACAUCACUUAUAGCCACUAGGUGGCUGCAGGCCACUUCUUAAUGGGGGAAAAAUACGUUUUUUUCUUUUCUUAUGCUUUUUAGUUAAACUUGUACUUCAUUAUCAAAUUAAAAAUGUCUUUCUUUGCAACUUUUCUAUCAAGCCAUCCCCGUUUGUUAUGUUAAGUCUGGCAUUGAUUAUUUUUGUUUUUCUAAUGGAUAACAUUGGUUCUUCAAGGUUAGUCAACCUCUAUUUGGAUACGAUUUGAGUCGAGAGGGCUGCGUGCUCAGUUGUUUUCAUCUUAACGCCAUACGAGCAUGGAGGGUAAACUGAGUUUUAUACAGUGUAUUUAUUACAUUUUAUUCUCGUUCAAUGGUUAGGCCCUCAGGUAGUAUUUCCCAUGCUAUUCUAAAGCCAUUUUUCUUUGAAACGGUUUGUUCUGACGUUAACAUACCUUUUUUUGUCUAUUUCCCAAUCUAAAGGAGCCAUGUGUUCAUUUGUUUGACUUUCCUCUUCCAGCGUUUGGACUUUUUUUGUUUUAUUCUUGUGGCUGUAAUUAAAACUUAAAUGUUGGUGUGAUUGUAUAACCUUUCUUCCAAUGUUUUUAAUUUCACUGUUCUACAUGAAUUGGAAUACUUAAGUUAAUUUGUUAGCUCGUAUUUCGGGGGAAACUUACCUUUUUUUUCUUUUCCCUAAUCGAUACAAACACGCAUGGCUACUCGCAAACCCUGCUAGGGAAAUAUAUCAAACCAUGUUUCUGAUUCAUCAAUAAAGUCUUGAGUCUAUAGUAA